AUGGAGGGAAGUGGGAAGGUAACCCCGUGUCACACGGUUGGAUCUGAUAUCGGCCCUUCGACGGCUCGAUCUCCUCCUUCCUUAAAACCCGCUCAAGCACAGCUACAUACCCUGUCUCCACGACCGAAAGAUGCUCGUCAAUCACCAGGGCCGGGUAUAUCCUCAACGAAGUCUCCAGGCUCAUUUGCAAAGCAGCGUGACCCAAUGAAUCCUGGGAUCAUGCCAAUGCCUGGGAUGCCAACAUUCUUCCCUUUCCAACCUGUUCCCGAUAUGAGCAUGGGAAAAUCCGAGGCUAAGGUCGAAGGUGAUACCGCUGAUGUUGAUUCUAAGACGGCUUCCUUUAACAAUUGGGUUAUGGAUGGUAUGCCGCCAUUGAAUAUGAUGCCGAACAUGGGUACAUCAAUUGACGGCAGCUUGAUGCCGGCAAUGCCAUAUGCUCCGGGCACUAACAAUGCAAAGACAGGUGAAAAUUCGUCUAUGCCCAUGAUGUUUUUUCUGCCUAUGAUGAUGGAGGGCCUGCCUCCUGAUUUUUGCAAAGAUUCCACUGGCAAAAUGGUACCACCUCCAAAUCUUAUGAUGCCGAUGCUGCCGUUCAUGGAUGAGAAAACGGCUCUUCAGAAUCUAAACAAGCUAUCAGCACCGCAAAAAACAAUGCGACCGAAAAAACCAUCUGAAUUAGACAGUAUAAAAUCAAUCCCUACAUCAGUUCAAAUACGUGAAACUUGUCAGUUAAGGGCGUGGCGUCGUAAAUUACAAAAAGGACGUGUACAACAGAAGCUAGAUGCUGAAAUCAUCACGCCACCUAUCAGACAAGGAACCACAUUGGGUACAGACACUAAACCUCCUGAAAUACAGCAACAAGGAGAUGAUGAUACCCCUCAUUUGAAGACAAAGGAUUCUUCUCCACGAACAACCCUAAGCAUUGAAAUGCGCUGGCACCAUAAUCGCUACGGUCCUACGCGAAGCGUUUUGGAAAUGGACUUAAAACAAUUACGCCUAUUCGACCCUAAUGACCCUGAGGUGUCGGAAGUACUCGGGGCACUUAAACGUUUAGAAAAGGUUGAAAAUCGCUGUUUCCCCUAUAUGUCUCUGGAAAACUUCAGUAUUCCCCCAAGCAAUACUGGAAAACUCUCCUUAUGGCAUGAGGAUGACGAUGAGGUCUCAACCACCCAGGAUACUGGAGUUACGCAGGUGACACAGGAACAACCACCAGAAACAGCUGCUGAAGAACCACCAGAUGACGAUAUAUCCCUUGAAGACGAGUUGGAGAUGCCUAUGGAACCUGAUGAAAAUUCUCCAUCUCCUGUACCCGUCGACAUAGUCAUGGAAGAUGUUGAAGAUGAUUUUGAAGAUGCACUAGUCGAGGAUCUUGUGGCAACCACAGAGGCCGAGACACCAGAAGCUCCUCCUGACUUGAUGGAUGAAUUGGAGGACGAAUUACUUGGCGCCCUCUCUAGCGAAUCGAAUAGUAGUGGCGUUGGUGGUGACGCUAUUGAUUUAGACGACGAAUUCGACUUCGAUAUGAUCGAAGCUGAUGUGGCUCCACCCCCUGCGCCACCAUCCUUUCCAGCAAUGCAGCCUGGGUUACGUGAUACUGCUGUGACAGCCGAACCUUCACGCAUCGAUGACGGUGACUUCUUUGGUGAAGUCCCUGGUACCCUUAGCCACCACCGCGCUAAUAUAUCCAGACUACUCAACGCAGGAGAUGCGUUUCACGAAUGGCGUGCUUUUCGUAGUCGUAUCGGUAGCAAUAUUGGUCUCACUGACCUGGUUGAAUUCGAGCAUUUGUGGAAACUAUUCCAAGACAAACGGGUAGAAGACCUUUACCAAGCUCUGGGACGUAGUCCAGGUGUACCUCUUCCUCUACCUAUUUCGGAGGAACCAGGUGAGCUACUUUAUCGCGUUGGUCAGGCAAAUCUGAACCUGUUACUCGACUUCAAGCGUCCCGAAGUGCAGACGAUGGUGCGCUCAGCAAACUACAACUUAAAUUCUACCAACGUUAUCUAUGCGCCAGUACCCACUGAAGAAGAUAUAGUACCGACCGACGAGGAUCUGCUACCCGCUGAGGGUGAUGAAGAGACGUCAUUCAAAGACGACUUUGCCGCUGCUACUCAAGAAUUUUUGGAAGGUGAUGUCGACGAAGAGUCGCUGAUGUUUGGCAGGGAUACUGAUGUUCGUCGCAACUGGCGCCGUCGUUUACAAGCUCUGACAAAGGAGACCCGUCUUGCCUUAGUUAACAUGGGUAAAAGUCUACGUGAUAUCGAAAAUGUAUCAUCCAACGUUGAGCAGACACGUGCGUACGAUUCGGUGGUUGAGUUUUGUGAGGUUGCUGAGAUGUUCCGUAAGCGGGAUUAUAUCAGUGUCCUGAAUCAAUCAUUCGAUGACUAUUAUGAGAAGUGCGCUCCACACGAAACAGAUAUGGAAGGCACGGGCUCCAACCGUCGUGAGCUUUUGAAUACGCGCAUUGCAAAGAACUUAACCGGUAUUCUACCACUGGUUGGCAAGGCAGCUAAGUACCAUAACGUGCGUUUCCAUAAACCCGACUUUCGUGCAGGUUUAUUCACGGAGCACUUGCGUGUUUUACGUGGUAAUUACAGUACGGAGUGGUGUGCGUGGCCCGCUCGUCCUUUGUUACGUAGCGCCUUAAUGGCCAGUUUCACUGAAGAGUCCGGUGGCGCGGAAGACGUCAGGAAUCACCCUUCCAACUAUUUCUUACAUUCCAGCGAUCUUACUCUCAAUGACGAUUGUAAGAUCGCAAUUUUGGAAUACGUUGAGCAGCAUCCGCUACUCUUGCCAAACUGCGGCAUGGCGUCACGAAUCGACAAUUAUGUGAAUUACAAAGAAGAAGAUGAUCCCAAAGACUUGGCGUUCUUGGGACCAUUGGGUACUUUAUGCCAAGCUAGUGACGGUAUUGAGCUUUUUGGUGUGAAGCAUAAUCUCGUCCCUGGUGACGGUCAGACCAUUCUUGAGUCUACCCUUUACAAAGCCCCUAUCUAUGUACACCCACGACCAGGUUCCGAUUGGCAGAAUAAACUUAACAUCAGCACAACGGAUUUCUUGCUGGUACGUUCUCGUGCUAACGACGAGGUGGUGGUACGCCUUCGACCAUUGACAUGGCAAAGCGGUGUUGCUGUAUAUACCGUGGGCCAAUGCGAACCUAAGGUUGAAGUGCCAUCACCUACCUCUAAGAGCUAUGUGGAGCAUACGAACGAACUGCUAAAGGCCUGGGUGAUGAAGUCUGUAAUGAUAGGGUCAAUAUUGGACAUUAAACAUUUGCGAAAAGAAGCUCGCAAAAAGUUCUGCCCUGUUUUGAGUGAGAAAGAUAUCUCACAGAUGCUCAAACAGAUUGAGAGUACACCUAUUUUCAGUUUACGUUCACAGGCACUUGAACGUAUGAUCCAUUCUACUAUAAAACCCGAGUUGGUUUGCGCACUAGAAAGUGUGCGAGCAGGCAAGGUUCGCCUUGCUACUAUGGGUAUUUUACAUUUGAAAAGUCCAGACAAUAUCGGCGCUGUAUACUCCAAGAUGCAGGAGGAGGAGCGCCAGUAUCAGCAACGUCAGCAAUCUAUGGACAAACGUCUUCGCGAGCUAAAAAGUAGCUACGCCAAGCGUCUAGAAGCUCAUGGUAUUAGUGGCGAGAAGCUUGAGCAUGAGCUUAAACAAUUUGAUUUUGGACUACAUGUGUCCAUCUAUGGCCAUCUUGAGGAAAAGACUUUGGCCCCUAAAAUUAGGUUCAUUAAGGACGUGCUUGACUUAACCCCUUGGAACAUUUCCAGGGAUGUUAGGCAUGUACUUAACAACCGUGGUACUUCGCAAUUUGCCUUGUACGGUCAUGCAGACCCUAGUGGCGGUCGUGGUGAGGCUAUAAACUUGUUGAAACGUCAGGUUCGUGAUGCUGCGGUUGACAACAGCAACUCUGGCGAAGAUCUGCGUAAACUAUCGAUGCAGGAGUUGGCUAAGAGGUUACGCUGUUAUGGUGUAUCGGAGGACGUUAUCAAAACACUGCCUCGUUGGGACCAAGUGGCACUUGUCCGUCAAUAUCGUGACGGCUUUGGUUGCCAAGUUUCAGCUGAUGGUGAUCAUCGCUGGCGUAUCCCCCCGGAGGAAUACCAGCAGAAACUUAACGAAAUCCUAGAUCGCCAGAGGGCGGCUCUUUCUCCGGAUAGUCCUAUAGCAUCAGAUUCCGAGGGUGGUCGUGAUGUUGGCGAUUCUGGUGCGGACGGUAUCGCAGACGCACUAUUAGAGGGUUUCGAUGAGGUAUCUGACAAGGAAGAUGAUAUGGAACGUCGUGAAUUAGAGAUAUUACGACAACUACGUGAGACACAGAAUGCUGGCCCUAUAAGUGAAGAAGAGCGCAUGGCCGAAGUGAAUAAGCUCAAGGCUGUUCCUGGUAUAAUGUGGUUACGGCAGAGCCGCCGAACCGCUAAUGAGCCAUUUGGUAACGACCGUGCUGUGUUUAUCUACGGUGAAGAGAACGUCCGUAAGCUUUUACGGUGGCGUUCUCAGCGUACAUCGGCCCGUAGGGGUCCUGUGCAGGCCGAUUCGUCCGGUGUUACUCACGUGGGCGGCAGGCGAGUAUGUCGCGCCUGCGGGCAGCCUGGUCAUAUCGCUUCUAACCCCAAGUGUUUACUUUACAAGGGCGACAAGUCGCGUGGUGAACAUAUGCCUUCAGGUCGCGGUUCUGCCGUUGCUAUGGCAGCUCGCAACAAAGGGAUUCGUUAUGAUUCUUCGAGUGAUUGUGAGAUAACAGCAAGUACUGUUGCAUUAGAAUGUGAUACGGCUGAAUCGGUGUUGCGCAGUUUUGACUCUCGUUACAAGCGACGAUUGGUUUAUCAGGUAUCUUUCGAGGAGUCUGACGAUGGUGUUGACUCAUUUGACGAAGGCAGUUUAGUGAAUUCGCGGCGUAAACACCAUCGUGGUACUGUGGAUCCCUCUAGCAUGCCAGGCCAGAAUUUGAGUAGUCAUAUGGAGCAACUGAUGAAACUGGUAUCCAAGGCGGUUCGUAUUGUUGAGAAGGAACCUCGUUUCAAGCCAUUUACCUGUAGGGUCCCCGAAAGUGUUGCUCCUAACUACUACCAGAUUAUCAAGAAUCCCAUGUGGCUGUCAUUAUUGAAAUCUAAGUGCAAGACACGAUGUUACAACGAUUUGAUACAAGUGUUAGACGACUUGGCACUGAUUGAGUUGAAUUGCAAGCAAUUCAAUUCUGAGACAUCUCCAAAUGCCUGGUUGCGUAAGAUGAGCGAGGCCCUUGUGGAUGAACUCUUAAUGCGUAUCCAGCAGCUCACUAGUCAUUUAGUGUCUCCUUCUGUAAUCGAAGGGGUUCCACUAGUAUUGGCGGCGCUUUUAGCGCAGUUCACGCCUUGCGGGUGUGAACCUUCGACCGAGAAGGCCGUAGAAACUCCUGUUCAUACUACACCUCCUCAUGAAGACGAUCAUGAUGAAGACCCGCUUAAGCUUGAUACUAAAAUGGAGUACGAGCCUUCAGAUGCCUACAACGGCCCACCGGAUUCACUAGAUCGCAUGGAUUCGGAAUUAUUCGAAGGUGAAGAUUCGUUUUACGAAGAAUGGGCGGAGAAGAUGGAGGGAUUCCAUCCAUCGUCUAUGCUGUCCUUCGACAUAGCUCCCAAGAACAGCGAGUUUUUCUAUGAAAACGUACGCAAUACCGGGACCCUGUUACGUGGAAUGUUCUACACCCUUUCUAAGGAUAUAGAACUAAAGGUUCAUCUCACUAUCAAAUCACCAUCAGGUGAAAUAGUAUUCGACAAGGAAUCUGCCGACGGUAUAUUCUCUUUUGAAGCUAAAGUCACAGGAGUGUACACAUUUGAAUUUGCAAAUCCCCUAUGGAUGACAACGGCGGGUGUCACUGUUGCUGUGGGCAACGACGAACACUCGGUGCUGAAAUCAGAGCACAUACGUAACACAACAUCACGCCUAGAUACGCUCAAGAGCCAUGUGGACUCAAUAUAUGCACAGUUCAGGUACCUGUGGCUGCACAACCAUCGUCAGAUGCGUGCCGCACGAGAUGCCCAAACAAAACUACUAUUGUAUUCAGUGAUGCAACUGAUUAUAGUGGGAGUUUGUUCGUUGAUAUGCGUGACCUACGUGAAAAAGAUCGUAUCUCACAAACGCAUACUGUGA